AUGGAAAAUGUAAGAAGUGAUGAUACAGUAGGGUCUUUAGAGGCCCGAAUGAAUAGAAUAGAACAGAUGCUUGCAGCUCUAACUGAGAAGUUCAUGAAAAUGAGACCGCCAAUCUUUUUUGGUGGAAUGGAAUCGUCAAAAGCUGAAACAUGGUUGUUGGAGAUGGAGAAAUUGUUUGAAGUAUUUCCUUGUUCUGAGAUUCAGAAAGUCCUUUUGGCCACUUACACCCUGAAAGACGAAGCUCGGAGAUGGUGGUUAUUGGUUUCAGAAUUUCAGGAACUCAAACAAGGCAUAAUGUCUGUAGCUGAGUAUGAGGCAAAGUUUACUGAGUUAGCCAGAUUUGCUCCUCACAUGGUGGACACGGACUAUAAGAAAGCCCGCAAAUUUGAGAGUGGAUUAGAUUUAGAUAUACUAGAUCGGGUGAGAGUCCUCAACCUAUCUAUGUAUGUGAAUGUAUUGGAUAGAGCAUUGAUGGAAGAAGCCAUUUUGAAGCAAAAAGGCAAGCUCCAGCCCCAAUAA